AUGAAGUCAUUCACUGAAGAAUCAGCUAGCAGGAAAACCGAAGUUCAUCAAGAAGAUUUUCAAUCACUUUUGACGAGCUCCCAAAUGUGGAAUUUGUUCAAUUCACCUCUUCACGAUGAAUUUGAGAAACGAUUUGAGAAACUGGAUGAUCCAGAGAAUGAGUUUGUCGAGCUUCGUGAUUACUUGAUAACGAUGCUACUUCUACAAAGCGCUCAACGUCCUGGGGCUGUUUGUAACUUGACUAUUAACGAAUUCCAAGCUGGAGAAUGGGAUGAGAGCACAAGUGUAAAACAGUUUGUCACAUUGACAAAACGCCACAAGACGGCAGGUGUGUUUUGUACCAUGACACAAUGCAGGGCCUUCGCUCGGAAUAUUGAAUUUUUCAGGUACAAUGAGUGACAAAAUAGGUGGACCACUUUAGGCCGAGGCAGUAACAGAAAGUCCCAUCCCCCUGUUCAAUGUUGUGAGACUAAAAUUAACAUUUUAUCUGACCAGCUUUCGUGUCCUAGUGUGUUGUUGACAAAUCUACAUCACCUAUAUAUUGAUAAUUACAAGUGGUUUGCAAUAUAAAAAUUUUGCUUUUUACCCUACUUGUAACGUAUGCAUAUCAAAUGCAUAUCCAAGAUGGUGAAAUUCACGCUGCUUUUGAUCAAAAUAAGUCGAUUUAUUUCGAAAACCAAGUAACAUGCGGAAGUAAAGGAAAUUUAUAUAUCAUUUAAAAUGUUCUUUCAAAUAAGACAAACUUAAUUUAUAUUGCCAUAUCCCUUUAACAUUCAAGUGUCCCAGCUUUCAAUGUCACUGAUUGUAGUUGCAUUCACCUACUUUUUUCUGUAAUAAUUCUGAAUGAGUGAUUUACUAAGGCCGGCCGGUAUCUUCACUAAUCCCAGACAUGAAACAAAAAUUAGGAGAGAACAAAAGGUUACUGAGUUUGCAUUGUAUUAACAAAAUUUUAUAACGACAUUUUUUCAGGUACUGGACCAGCAAGCCUAUCCUGGGAUACUCAUAUCUACAAGUGUGCCCAGAUUUACUUGGAGGUACUAAGACCAACUGUGGCAAACAAGCAUUCAUUUCUCCAGCGAAAAGACAAAAGAGAGAAAGAACCACUUUUCUUUCUGACAGCGAGAGGGAAUCCUAUUCCUUCUUCGCAGAUUUCUAACAGAAUAACUAAAGUUGCUAAAUUGCUGGACCCAUCAAUUUCUGGUAAUGUGACCGGAAAGCGAAUUCGUAAGUCGGCAGUAUCCAGCCAUCGACAGCUUGAUGACUCCGGCGAAUCAAGUGGGCUGUCGAAAGAAGAACUUGCUCGGCAAAUGUCCCAUUCAACGUCAACUGCAGAAGGACACUAUGCCAUGAGAGACACAAUUAAAGGUACAGUAUUUGCACAUAAAGCUAAGAUUUGUUCAUGCAACAAUUGAUCAUGGUAAGCGGAGUGGUAAAAGCAUUUUCAUAGAAGCAAGAUGCAAAAUGCUGGUAACUUAUUCAAAUUUAAAUACAACGACCCUCUGCAACCAAUCUUUGAAUGGAAGUAUCUGCAUGGACUUUUGCGCUGAUCUUAUUAAUAUUGUAAUAUGUAUUUUUGUUGCUGUAGGUUGUGCCAGAGCAUCGAAUUUCCUUCGCUAUGUCGUCGCAACAACCCCUGGAAAAGGUAUGUUAUAGCCUGCCUGAGUAACAUAUAAGGUGGAUUUCCACUGUCGCGUUUUUCUUACAUGCAUAUACGCACGUAAAUGUUUAAAUCUUUCUCAAUUUUGUAUUAGUUGUAAUUACCUCAACAAAUACACUUUAAAUCACACACAAAACUAAAUGCUGUAAUAUUAUUAUCCUGCGUGGCAGGCUCAGUGAAACAAGAGGCUGCAACAAUCUCAAGGAAAGUUGAUCACCGGCCACUAAUUACUAUAAUAAUUUAUUUUCAAUCCAACCAAUCAUAUUCUCUGAAAUUCGUGUGUGUGAUGCAGUGUGAGUAAUAACUAAUAUACUUUAUUACUGUUGCAGUUAAUCAUAUGGAGCAGCUCAAACUUUUUAACAAAUGGCAGUUUAAAUUACUUUUGGAGUAAAAAAACAGAAUUUACUCCGGCGACAUCAGUUUGGUACAUGUGAUAAUAUGUCAGAAUGGUCUAAUAAUAGACUAAAAAAUACACUUAAUUAGUUCAUAAGCAACUUUUGAAGGGAUUUAAACUUUCAUGUACCUGCACGUAGGUGUGUAUAUAUGAAAAACGCGACAGUGUAAAUUCACCUUUAGUUCUGAAAACAUCGAAGUAGUACUGUUACCAAUAACAGUUGUUACCUUGACGCCAUUAUGUAAUGUUAUUUCUGUUUGUAAUAGCGAAAUCUCCAAAGAAAAUGAAGCCAGAAGGGUUGUGGAAAGCUGUUGUUCGUAGGAAAGUGUCACCAGAAAAACCAUUACGAAGUUUACGAAAGCAACUGCCUGGUAAGUAAUUAAAUGUGUAGUCACUUUUUUAAUAAAUUUCUUUCUUUUACCAAGCAAUGUGUUGAUGGCCUUUCACAUCACUAAAAUACUAAUUUCGUCCACGGCAACUAGGUGUAAUAACAUACCUAUUUCGCUGCUCUGGUUUUAUUCAAAUGAAUGCAGAGCCCAGUCGAAUAGACCUUUAUAAAAAGGUUGACAUCAGCAGGCUUGUGAUGUAGAAAGCUUAGAAUUGUUUAGUUGUUUUGAGUUUUUUAAAAGCCAUAAGAAACCAGUAUUAUGGUAAGUUUGAAGUAAAUUUUUCAAUAUAUAGGCCUAAUAAGCGGUUUUCGUAUUUGUCCUAGUUUAAAUUUUAUUUGUUUUUAUAUUAGACAUCAGUAUUAUGGUAAGUUUGAAGUAAAAUUUUCAAUAUAUAGGACAAAUGAGUUUUCAUAUUUGUCGUAGUUUAAAUUUUAUUUGUUUUUUAUAUUAGAUUGUACAUUAUAUUCUGUCAACAUUUAGCAAACUAAUUUCUUUGUAUGAUUGCAUGGCGAUAAAAUAUAUAAUAGUUUUGUUUGUGGAAACACCACGUAAAUUUAUUCCUGCAAAGCUUUCGAUCCGUAAGCCCGGAUCUUCAUGAAGAUCCGGGCUUAUGGAUGGAAAGCUUUGCAGUAAUAAAUUUACGUGGCGUUUCCACAAACAAAACUAUUAUAUUUAGCAAAUUGUUCGCUCGGUUGUUUACAUAUGUUGUUGCUAAAAAGUAUAAUUUUCCUUUUUUAUUUCUCAAAUGGAUCAGUUUAAUCAUCAGAAUGGCCCCAAUUAAGCUGUAGACAGCAAUACACAGGCUUAGUGAUCGUGCAAAGAGGUACAAAAGUGAAGUUAGAUUCUGCAACAACCCCUCGCCUAUAUUUUCCAAUCAUUGUUUCAACAUGAAGUAUUUGUGAUUAUGCCAACACUGAAUGCAGGCUUAUGUUGCCACGUCAUGUUAGCCAUGGCAACACGAUAAUUGUUUUUUUUUAACUAUUUUGUACAAAACUGAAAAAAAUAAAUGAAACUUGUACACUUUAAAUACAGAACUAUAAAUGUCUAAAAUGUAUAAAGUGGGUAUAUCAUUUUGCUUUCUAUGGGCUAUAUUUUAAUGUACAAUUUGAACGAAACUCUACGUGAAAUGUUUCUAAAUGUGAAUUGAAUGAAUGUAUAAAAGCCCCCUAAACUCUUCAACUCGAGCUUCAACUUACAGUAUUACUCGCACUUUCAAUGAAAUAAAUUUAGUACUACAGGUCGCUAAUGAAAAUAAUGCUUUCCUUUUCAUCAUGAACUUCUACAAAAGUUAAUUUAACUAAGAAAUUUUCGCACACAAUCCAUAGAAAAGACUUGAAGAACAAAAAUGUGUAUAAUAAUACAAAUUCAUUUAUAAACAUUUGAAACAAACUCGCCUUAUGCAGUACUUCAAGAUUUUUCAUACUAAAUCAAUUCUUAAUGUUUACUUUUAAAAGUUAAAAAAAGUUUUAUAAUUUGUUAUGUGAAACAAUCUUCCAAGCUUAACUUACCAAGCAUGCACACAAAAAGUGGGUACACUAGUUAUUAAAAUGAGUGCUGGCGCCAUAAUUCAUUGCCGUUCGUUAAAAGUAAUUUCAAAUGUAGCCAGUUUACAGGUGUUUACUCAACUAAAGUAAACUACUACUAAACGUAACUUCACGUGUUUUUUUAAAUUUUUGCCUCCUUCAUUCCUGGAAAACACCCAUAUUUUGAGAUCAGUGAGAUGACCGCCCGUAUACCAUGCGCCCACAAUAUUUGAAGAACUUUAGACUUCGCUAGUGCGUUCCUUUCAACGAAAGCAAAUAGCCGGGUGGAAUUAGUACCUUCGCCCUAGGCCACCAGAGUAGCGAGCGAAACAUGUCUGUCAAGUGCAUUGAACUAUACAUAAGUAAACUGGAACGAUAAGUUUACCGCCAUCUUUGAAGCCGGCCAUUAGUGUUUUCUGCAGUAGCCUCCUUUUUUACCGAAAAUGACUGCGAAAAAUACAGCUUCAAAAUCGUUAAUAUUUUCUCACUUUUACUUCUUUCAAGGCAUUUUUAUUUAUCCUAGAGCACACUUAGACAACACAACUUCUAUCUAAGGCACAUAAAAUAAGCAAAUAUUGUUUAACUCAAUUCGAUCCGCCAAUAUUAAUUUCCGACGUAUAUGACGGGAAGAUUAAAUAUUAAAGAACUUCGCGAGUAUUUGCAGUAGACAUACGAAAAUACCACCAAAAAAUUCCGCUUGAUCGAUACUAUAUAUUCGGAAAUAUUCAUAUAAUUUUAUUGUUUCUCGCUCAAUUUCAAGCGAAUUUCUUACCUUGAAAUGAUCAAUGCGGUGAAAUUUAUGCAAAUGACACAUUAUCAAUUUUGCUGUUGCAUUUUGAAUGUUCCGCCUGAUUCAAAUGCUCGUCUUUUUGCUUCUUUUCAACGUAUAAUAAUAACAAAUAUACCAAAAGAAUCGCCAUCUUCCAUUCUAUAGCUCGGAGCAGUCUCGGGAAAUUGCGAAAUAAUCUAAGCCUAUUAUGGCAAUUCUCGUGAUCGGAAAGUGUUCGGCCAACUUCGGACGCCAAAUUCUUGGUAAAGCAUUACAGUUUCCUGGUAAAAGACUGCAGGAAUCACUUCUGGAGUGUUUGUUUACCCUAGAUACGGAUUUUGAUUGGCUUAGGCAGAAAAACAAAUCUUUUAGAGCAAUUUUCCUGAUUAUCGCGCACGGGAACGCACGAGCGUUGAAAUGUAUUGUGUUGUAGUUUUGUUUGAAUCGCAUUCUGAAGACGUUUUUGGCUUUAUUUUGCAAACUGAUAGUGCUAGUAAUGAUGGAAUGUCUUCGUAUGAAGACAAGUAUCUCAACCUGGCAUUGGGAGUCGUGUCUGGAGUUUCAAGGCAAGUAUUUGUAUAAUUUCUAGACAAUUUCAAUGUUUUGCCGUUGCCAUGGCGUUGUAAAUUUAUUUGUAUUUAGUAUAGCUUCACUAGUACGACCAGGUAUGUCCUCAUAUCGCUUUUUUGUGUUGAAAUAAUCGUUUCAUACUGAAAUUGACAAAUACAAAUGGUAUUUAUUUAUAUUGUUGACGAAAAUUUAUGGUGUUUUAGGCAUAAAAAUCUCUGAUUCCUAGGCGAAGUAAAAUGAGCCUUGAGCACAUGUUUGGUUGUUUGUUACAUACAUAAUAGCCAAGUAUUCAUACUUAUAUCUUACUAGUUGGCUCUUAUUAUAAUUUUAAGUGGCACCAUGUCUAUAAAAGUUUUUAUUCACACUGAUGAAUAUAUUGAUCCUGUUUCUAUCUGCUGUUCCUGUUUCAUAGCCUCAGGGAAGUAGAGUUCUGAUGAGUCAUGAGAACCCCACUCACCAACCCAGAGGGAAGGUAGGGGGAUGAGUAGAGGUAGAGGGAAGCCCAACCAUUAGGACCUAAGGUUUCGAAAGCUCCCUCUCUAGCAUCCCCACUAGGCCCCAUAGUACAUGACGGAUAUGAUGAUCCUGACGCCAGGAAUGUUCUCCCAGAUUUUGCUCCUCACUGACAUGUCCGGGAUCCAUUCUGAUCAACUGUGAGCUUGAGUUCAUUCGGCUCAAUGAACUGUGAGCUUGAGUUCAUUCGACUCUUUUUUACUAAGGGAAUGCUUCAGGAGGUAGUUUCCUGGCCAUACCAGUACAUAUGCCCACAUACAAAUAACUCAAAAGUUAUCCCCAUAUACUAAUAAAGAAGGGUCUUGCAGUCCACCAACCUUGAGAGGUUGAUUGCCUUUUAGUAUAAUAUGCAGGUUUGCUAAAGGUCGACAGUGAGAUUGAAAAUUAUUGGAGUGUAAAAACCUUAUAUCAUGGUCUGUGGGCAAUAGACAUAAUUUCUCGGGUUAGGUACAAAGCGCUUAUGGCGUUUGCGAAUAUGGUAGAUCCUGUACUAAAGACUACAGCAAUAAACUGCAUCAACAACUGUACCAGCCGUCACAGAAUAUUGUUGUUGCAGACAAACACACUGUCAAAUCAAGAAAUAGGUUGGGGGUUAGGCAGUUCAUGAAAGCUAGAUGACCUACUAUGUGGGGAAUAAAUCUGUGGGUUGCUGCAGACAAUCCUAAUGGUUAUAUUGCGACUUUGAAAUUUAUACAGGAAGAAGUCCAGAUAUUCAUCGCAACAGAUUUGGGUAUGACAUGGUGAUCUGAUAUCAGUUUGGUUACAGCCUUAGGUCUUUUGUAGUACAAUAUAAAGGAAAUAUUUUCACCACAUAAUCCAAUUAUGUGCUUUGGCAAACAUUACUGCUUUAGCAAACAUUACUGCCUUGGAAAACAUUACUUUUUUAUAACUACUAAUUAUGAUGAUGCCAGUCCAACAACACUUGGUCAUGCUAUUUGCAAAUAUUUUCAUGCUCUAGAUUGUGAAAACAAUCAAUUUCUAAACAAAUGAGUAGUGAUUAUUUCAAAUUUGAAUAGCAUGACCAAAUUUUGAGGCUGGUUAUGACACUAAUAACUAAAGUCAAUGGUGUAAUGAUUAUCUAAGAAUGUAUGUAGUAAUUAUAGAAAUAAAGACAUUUUGCUAAUCAUGAUUUGAGUGUUCUUUUGUGGGUAUCACAGACUUAUUUUGGUGCCAUACUAUCUUUGGAGAGUAAGAAAUAUUGGAAAUUUGUAUUGAUAACAUGUUGCAGCGAUAAAAAAGGACCUUUGAUAAAGGUAUUUGUUUCAUGUGAGCACAAAAUGUAAAUUUUACUCCACUACCUGGUUUAUAUAAAAAUUCAAUAAAAAUAUUUCUAUUUAUGCUACAUGCAUGAAACUUCGGGUACUUGUAGAUCAUAACCGUGUCUUUCAGUCAUAUUCAUAAAAUUUUUUGACAUAUUUGAAAUUUGAACCGCUAAAUACAUUUAUGCAUAAUUGCAACAUUUUUUAUAUCAUAAUUUAUGCAAAUUUAUGCGAGUAAAUCGUUAACCAAGCUCCGGAUGAAAUUGAAAUUGGUAUCGUUGGAAAGCAGAAGUCCUCCUCUUUCGAACGGUACAAUUUCUGUUUCCGUGCGAUGUAUAGUUUGAGAGAUAUAAGCGUUUGAAACAACACCACUCGAAAUUACUACUUUUCCACCGGAUGAGAAUGAGUUAAUUAACUACCGAAAUAUGACACGAAAAAACGAAACUCGGCAAAAAACCGCGCCGAAAUUUAUUGUUUUUCUGAGUUUUUAGGCUUUCCACAAAGAGUUCAGACACUAUUUUUUACAAUUUAUGUUGAAAAAUCUUAGAUACGGUUGAUAAUGGAUGUUCAAAUAUCCAGAAACGUACUUUAAGUUAAAAUUAAGGAUUAAAUUAGUAAAAAUACUUAGUGAAAAAUUUGUGUAUUUUUUCGAAAACAUACCUGCGAACAGGCUAUGCUUGAAUUCCCGAAAUUUGGCUUCACCCAUACAUAGGCCUUUAUCAUAGGAGUUAUCGCUCCAGUUUACUUAUAGUUCAAUGGUCAAGUGAUAAGUUCGUAAUAAACAAUUAUUCGCCUCAGGCUCGGUGAUUAUCGAGGAAUAUUCGCCCAGAUGAAGUGAAUAUUCCCCCAUAAUCACCGAGCCUGCAUAAGGUGAAUAAUUGUUUUAGUAUUUUUACACAAGUCUCUUGUGUUUUUGGGACUGAAUUUUUUAAAAUUUCGCUUAUUUCUUUAUCAGAAACUUCCACAAAACGGCUAGCCACCAUUUUGAAAAUUUCGGUUUUGUUAUUUUCACCUGUAGGUGAAUAUAACAGCUUAAUACGUCAAAUUUGACCAAUGAACGUGUAGGAUUUGUUAUGUUCACUUGUGCAAAAAUACAAAUACAAUUUAUUGAAAAUCCCUUUACUUUGUAAGUGAUUUUUUGUACUUAACUUAUUUAUUCAAUUAUUCAUUUAUAUAGCAAAUAAAAGAAGCCCACAGAAAUCUCCAAAGAAGAAAAAAAUACAUUUCUUGCCUAGAGAAACCCAAGCUCUCAUGAAAGCUACGGAAGCAUUUUAUAAAGAAGGCAACUUUGAUCCUGACGCUAUUUGGCAAUGCAUUAAUAAUGAUGAAGCUUGUCAAAAAUUAAAAAUAACCGAGAAGUACGGUAAAAUGCAGCUGCGCAAUAAAGUAAAGAGGUAUGCCAAAGCAAGAAAAUUAUAUUAG